GAAAAUGGUGAAGAAAGAGAUCGGAUCAGAGAGAGGAGCAGAGAAAGAGAAAGGUAAAAGGAAGAGUCGGCUUUUGCAGAUUGAAAUACUGAGUGAGCAGAGAGAGCUAAAUAGAGAGAGCGAUCUCCAAUGGCGACGGUGAGAAGCUUGAAAAUCAAGACGAGCAGUUGCAAGCGAAUCGUGAAGGAGCUUCAUUCUUAUGAGAAAGAGGUUCAGAGAGAAGCUGCCAAAACUACCCAAAUGAAGGACGAUGGAGCCGACCCUUAUGACCUCAAGCAACAGGAAAAUGUGUUGGCGGAAUCGAGGAUGAUGAUUCCCGAUUGUCGGAAGCGUUUGGAGACCUCCAUAGCUGAUCUCAAAGCUACUUUGGCAGAGCUGGAGGAAUCGAAUCAAAAUGAAGGCCCAGAAAUUGAAGAAGCUCGAAGCACAAUUGAGGAACUUGAGAAAUUGUUUCCCACAUCCGAAGAUGCUUAAAUGUACCCUUCCCCUUCCCAAUGUGUCUGUAAAACUUCCUAUUUACCAAAUGGGUAUGUCAAAAGUGGACCAUUUUUACAACUAUUUUGAUUUGGAUCACUGUGUUUUUCUCUGUUAUUUGCUUUUGACACUUUGGUAUAUAUUGAGAUUGUGUUAUGAUA